CUUUAUCUAUAGUAUAUGAUCCAUAGAAAAGAGAUUAUGAUCUAAGGAUCUAAGUCUAGUCCAUAAAUGUGGUUACAACCACAAAUUAUUAGUUUCAUAUAAUCUACACUACAAUCGCAGAGUAUAAUUAUGUCCCAUGAUAUUAUCAUUUUUAUUAUUUGAAAAUGUAAAACACCGGAUUUUCGUAAGACUGCCACUAGUCAAUGUUUUUUUUUAUUAUGGUUUUUUUAAAAAUGUUUUCGCCUUAUUGUCUUUAUAAUGUAAAUAAAUCGAUGAAAGUAAAAAUGUUCAUAAAUAUUCAUUGUAUGAAAAUCCGUAAAAAGGUAUGAAAAUGUAUAUGGAAAGAUUUUGUAAUCAUUUAACCAAUAGAUACAUUUUAUAUUAUUAUAUUUAUAAUAGAUAUCAUAAGCUGUAACCAUAAUAUUCAGGUUUUACAAUAUUUAAAUCCUAUUUUUCACAGAGUACAGUUUUAACAGAUGAAAUAAAAGAUUCCACUACACAAAUCACUUAUGACAAUCAAUUUACCAUACUGGAAAACUCUAUGACACCUUUAUGUCAUAUGCCAUAUGACAAACAAAUGAUCCAAAAACAAUAUUGGACCAAUACAAUAAGCAAAGAACUGCGCUCUCGAUUACACAACGCCAAAACACCAAUUAGGCUGCCCAAAGUUCUUUCCAUUUCACCAGCAGUAUGUUUAACUUAAAAUUAUUUAUUUUAUUGAAACUAAUUUUGUUAGAAUAUUAGCCACAGAUAAAUGAAUAUCGCAGUAAGGACGAAUUUAAUUUCCGACCCGGUAUAGAUGGUAAUCCAAAAACCUUAGGUUUUUUUAUAGGUGAUCAUUCUAAAAGAAAUAUCUAUUGUGUUCCUGGUACAAAAUUGGUUAAUAUGAAACAAUCACAUAAACAUAUUGCUCAGGUAAUUUUACUGUAAUUAGUUUUUCCGGUGUUUAAAAUAUGUAUAAUUGGUUUUUUUGUUUUUAGAUUUUUGAAAUAUUUGUUAGAAAAUCUAAAUUACCUGUCAGCUAUGAUCAUCUGGAUGGUGGUUUUUGGCGUGGAAUCAUUGUACGGAGCAAUUUAAAGGGAGAUAUAAUGGCUAUAGUGGUUGCUAAUCCUAGGGGUUAUACCAAUGAAAUUAUGUUGAACGAACAAUGUAGAUUUAAUGACUUUUUAAAAAAUAGUAAUAUUAAUAUACAAUCAUUGUACUUUCAUCCUAGGUAAUUAUUUAAAAAUCUAAAUAAAUAAAUUUAUUUCACAAGCUACCUAAUAAUUUAUUAUUUAGUUUGCAUACAAGGAGUACAAAAGAUUCAACAUAUAUUCUUAUUGAUGGAGAUAAAUAUAUUUAUGAGAACUUAAGUGGUUUUAACUUCAGAAUAUCUCCAGAUUCAUUUUUCCAAAUCAAUACUUUGGCUGCUGAAGUUUUAUAUGAUGAAUUAUUUAAAUUACUUAAUCCGCCAAAAACAUCUACUCUGCUUGAUUUGUGUUCUGGCACUGGUAAGAUUUAUAAUAAAUACCUAUAGUAUCUAUUUAUUUUUAAAAAUAAAACAAUGCUUUCCUAGGUGCCAUAAGCAUAAUAGGUAGUCAACGUGUUCAGUCAUGUAUUGGUAUUGAAUCUGUAGCACAAGCUGUCAAUGAUGCAAAGGAAACUGCAAAAAUAAACAAUAUACAUAAUUGUGAUUUUAUUGAAGGAAAUGUGGAAAUUGUAAAUAAUAUCUCACUAAUUUAUUAACUAAAAUACACAUGUAUCUUUUUUUUCUUUCAGAUAUUAAAACAUGUUUUAAAUGAAUUAAGUAUGGCCAAUGAUUUGUGCUCAGUCUUAAAUCCAGGUCGAGCAGGAGUUCGUAAGUACUGGCAUUCCAAUUAUAGACUAUUUUAUUAAUUUUUAAUAUUUUUAGAUACGAGAGUAAUCAAUGCUAUAAGAAAAAAUAAAUUGGUUAACAAUUUAGCAUAUAUUUCAUGUAAAGCAGACAGCCCGUCAACUAUAAAAAACUUUAUGGAUUUAAUUAAGGAUAAUAAACAUUCUGAUCCUUUUAGUUUGGAAGUGAUCAAACCAGUUGAUAUGUUUCCUCAUACAAAUCAUUGUGAAUUAAUUUUCCUGUUUAAACGUUAAAAACUAUAAUCUAAUAGAAAUAUGUAUAUAUUAUAUUAGUGGUAGGUAGUCAAUUAGUGACUUGUGUCAUAAUUACUUGUCGCUUGUAAAAUAUUAAAAUUAUCUAUUAUGUUUAGGAAUGUUUUUGUUAAUUCAAUUAGGGUAUGUCAUUAUCAUAGUACCUAUUCCAUUUUUGCUUAAUUUUUUGAAAAAAAUAUUUAUUAUUAAUUUUGCAGAAAAACGCCUGUCAGUUGUUGCAUUUGAAAAAUAUAGUCAGUUACACCUCACUGGUCAACAAAAUAUUAUCCUAUAUACAUAAAUGGAUUUUGG